AUGCUGCAGUACGACGGUGGGCAGGUGGACGAGGAGAUUGACGACACGGGUGCGCAGCCAAGCCGCGCCCAGCGGAAGGGCAACACAAAUCCCAGGGGCAAGGGCGGCACUACCAAGGGGAAAGGCAGGGGUGCGGCAGCGACAGCGGCAUCAUGCGGAGGAGCAGCAGCAGGGAAGAGUGAUGACAACGUGGAUAUCGAAGCUGAGGAUAAGUGA